AUGUCCAAACUCGACAGAGAGAGUCAUAUCCGUUACAUUGCAUCGCUGGAUUCGAAACGGGACGAUUACGAAUACUGGUUAUCGGAACACUUGCGACUUAACGGUGUGUACUGGGGACUCACAGCGUUAUGUGUACUGGAUGCCAAAGACACAUUUAACAGAAACGAGAUCAUUUCCUUCGUGCUGAGCUGCUGGGAUGCUAAAAAUGGCGCAUUCGCUGCGUUUCCUGGGCACGAUGCUCAUGUAUUGACGACGCUUUCGGGAAUUCAGAUUUUGGCCAUUUACGAUGCUCUGGAAAUACUUCAGCAGAAACCUGACGGCAGCGAAAACAACGACAACAUGAAGACACAAUGCGUUGCUUUCUUGCGAUUUAAUCAGCUUCCUGACGGCUCCUUUCAGGGAGACCGUUUUGGUGAAAUUGAUACACGUUUCGUUUACGCAGCAUUGAAUGCGCUAUCGAUUUUGGGAGAAUUGACAGCGGACGUAGUCGAUCCAGCAGUCAAUUUCAUCCAGCAAUGCUACAACUUUGAUGGCGGCUUUGGAUUGAGCCCUGGCGCUGAAAGCCAUGCCGCCAUGUCCCUCACAUGCAUUGCGGCCUUGGCAGUAGUCAACCGGUUAGAUGCCCUUUCGCCAGAUCAGCUGGAGGACAUCGCAUGGUGGCUGUGCGAAAGACAGGUUCCUGAAGGUGGGCUAAACGGACGUCCCAGUAAGCAACCAGACGUGUGCUACAGCUGGUGGGUGCUGUCGUCUCUGGCCAUCAUCGGGAAACGCGACUGGAUCGAUUUCGAUAAACUUCGAGAGUUCAUUCUACAAUCGCAGGAUCCGAAAAAGGGUGGAAUUAGCGACCGCCCUGGAAAUGAAGUUGACGUUUUUCAUACCUGUUUUGGCGUGGCAGGCCUAAGUUUGAUGGGUAAAGACAAGCUGGUUGAAAUUGAUCCUGUUUACUGUAUGCCAUUGUCCGUGACGCGGACUUUCAAAAAGUACCCAUAUGAUGAAUAG